AUCUUAUGGGGUGAAACCUCCACCAGUCGUCGGCAACUUCUACGUACCAAGUCUUCCAAGACAGUAACGGAGUAUUACGACUGGUUACCUCACCGGCCUCGAGGCUGCCUCGCGGUCCCCGUCAGAAAACAAUGAGCCAUCUAAUCUAUAAAAGCCGACCGCUUUUUCCGUUAUCCCCCCAUCCUAUUUCUCUCUCCAUCUCAUAUCUCCUCUCUCGUCUGCGGCUGACUUGAAGACCAUACAGAAUCAUUGUUACGGACAUCCACCGACACUCUUAUCUCCAAGCAACCUAACCGACUUCUGAAAUGUCUUCUGAAGAUAUCAUCCCCGGUGACAUCGUCGCUGUCAACCAUGGAUAUAGCGGCCGUCGUGAAGGCCUCGUUGUCGGCUCUCAUGUUGACUACGCUGGCCGUCAAAUCAUCGAGGUUCAGUUGGAUGGGGACGUCUUCCAUGCAUGGUACCCCACCGUAACUCGCGUCAAACGCACUGUUCAAUACUCUAGACCCACUCUUCCAAGGGUUCCUCACCAACGUACCAUUGAACGUCGUAUCUACUGGUGAUUCCACCAGUUCUGGGAACCGUCGAAUCUGGUUUUCUUUUCAGUUGAAAUUAUAAUGGCUAUCCGCGACACCCCACCGCUCCGAACUCCUCUUUUUUCCCAACCAGGUCAUGUACGCGUUAACGAUGAACAGUGGGACAAAAAGCUUGGUUUAUUUACGGUGCGAAUGAGAAAGGAGAAACGACGACUCGAUCUGCAAUUGCCUGGAUUUUUUUCUGUAUCUAUUGUGUAGUUGUAACUUAUAUCGCUCUCCCUUUCUGUUGAACCAUGUUUGCUUUACGAUGCGAUGAAAAUUGAGGUACCGC